AUGCAAAACACAACACUCCAUGGUGUCAUUUCAGCUAGUCAGUAUGUAAUAAUUAUGACAUUUUUCGCCGUUGCAUGGACAUUGGUUUCAUUUAUGGGAAUAAUAUCAAAUGUUAUCAACAUCAAGACCUUCGUGGCUAUGGGACUUAAUGACGGCGUCACUGUGUCAUUCCUAGCUCUCUCGGUCUUCGAUUUGACGUACGUUGCAUCGUCAUUUUGUCAAGGGAUUUCAAUAGCCUUAAGCACAAUUGAGUUGAAAACACAAACCUGGUUCCCCGUCGAGCCUUAUGGUUUGAUGAUUCUUUUUGCGAAUAUUUCAAUACUAAUCAAUAUCACUAAUGUACUGACUACAACGUUUCUAGCAGUUGCUCGCUGUAUGUGUGUGGCCAAACCACUACACUUUAAAAAUGCAUUUACUGUCAAGAGAACUGUAUACUUCAUGUCUGGAUUUGCCGCUUUUGCUGUGACUGUCUAUAUCCCAGUUCUUGCCAACAUGGGCUUUGUUGUGACUUUCAACAAUAGGACACGAGUAUCGCGACCAACUCUCUGGAUGUCACCAUUCAGAGAAUCCAUCAAAGAUAUAGCCUUGCUGCUGAUCGACGCGAUCCUUCCUCUAGCCACCGAGGUGAUCGUGUUGAUCUGUGUUGUUGUUAUGACCAGCAGCCUUCGAGCGGCGGCCAAAUUCAGGGAGUCGUCAACGGAUAAAGUUUCCGGCAAAGAUGUUCGUGUAGUCAUGCAGGUGACGCUGAUUUCUCUCGUGUAUAUAAUAUGCAACACACCAAAGAUUCUAAUUAGCUCUUCUGGACUCGCUAUGCUGGAGUUUAGACUGGGAAAAAGGUACAAUAAUGUAUAUGUUAGUCUGAACUCCUUUAGACAGUUACUGGAAAUUGUUAAUGCGACGAUUAAUACGUUCAUUUAUUGUAAAUAUAAUACCAAAUUUAGGAAUAGUCUAUGUGGGACCAAAAAACAAAUGAUAAUCUACUAA